AUGGAAUCGGGUCUUAUCAAAGACAAUCAAUUAUCGGCAAGUUCAAGUCAUGAUAAAGACACUACUGGGCCACAGAAUUCUAGGAUACGGACGGAACGUGGAAGUGGUGCGUGGUGUCCACGUCAACAAAUCAACUCUGAAACAGUUGAAUGGCUACAAAUUGAUUUUGAUAUGGAUAUGGUGAUAACAGCUGUUGAAACACAAGGACGUUUCGAUGGCGGACGUGGUCUAGAAUAUGCGCCAGGUUAUAUGUUGGAGUAUUGGCGUGAAAGUCUUGGUACUUGGGCACGGUAUAAAGAUGGAAAACAAAAUGAAGUGAUGGCUGGAAAUAGUGAUACGCAAUCGACAGUAUUCCGAGCUUUAGAUGGUGGUAUUGUGGCACGAAAUUUACGUGUUAUACCUGUUUCUGAAGUAACGCGUACCGUUUGCAUGCGUAUUGAACUCUAUGGAUGUUCUUAUAGAGAUCAAAUUUUAUCCUAUGUAAUACCGGAAGGUGAUAUAAUAGACGGUUUAAACCUGAGAGAUAUAUCGUAUGACGGAAUUACAAAUUCAUCAGGGUAUUUGGUCAAAGGCCUUGGCAAAUUAUAUGAUGGUGCUGUUGGCAUGGAUAAUUUUGAGAGCUAUCCUGAGAAAUGGAUCGGUUGGAAUAGAGAAAAACAUGGAGCAACUAUUACAAUUGAAGUAUUGUUUGCAAAGAAGAAAAUUAUCAAUGCCAUUUUAUUUCAUGUGUCAAAUUUCUUGAAAAGUGGAGCUCAGGUAUUUAAACGAGCACAUGUAUGGUUCUCAUCACAAGGUGGAGGUCAAUAUUCACCGAGAACAUUGCAUUUUAAUUACAUCCCUGACAAAAAUUUCCAAUCAGCCAGAUGGGUACGAAUACCGGUGCCAAGCCGAAUUGCUAAAGAAUUACGAGUCGAACUAACUUUCUCAAAAAACAGCUCUUGGUUAUUGCUGAGUGAAAUUAAAUUUGAAUUUACAAAUGAAAUGUUUAAAUCAGAUGAUAUGGAUGACGAGGAAUUUGAUUUGAAUCAUCCAUCAAACCGAGGUGAUACGCUAACUUACUUUGCUAUUAAUGAUGCAUCUGAAGAUGGCAUACGAUGGAUAUCAAUCGCUGUAAUAAUAUCACUUCUUUUCCUAUUCUGUGCUCUCAUUAUUCUUUUCUAUUUGCUAUGGAUUUAUCGUCGUGCAUUUUCACGAAAAGGACCAUUUAUAGUGUUAAAAAAAAAUUCGAAAGAUGUACGAAUGGCAGUUGAAAAACAAACAAUUAAGCGUACGUCACCUAAUGCUUAUUGUAUGACCAAUGACAACAUGCAAAAUUCGUUGUUGGAAAAACUUCACGCUAAUCAGUCUUCAGGUAGUGAAUAUGCUGAGCCAAACUAUAUCAGCAAUGAUAUGGAAAUUAUCGGAGUUAACAAUACAACCAUAUGCGAUCCCACAAAAUCUCUUACCAAUUCCACAAUUCAUUAUGUUUCAAAUGAUGUUUGUAUGCGACAUCCACGACAAUUAGGAUAUGCGUUAAUGGAGAAUUCAAUGACAUCUCAAAUAGCUAGCGGUUAUGAUACAAAUAGAUCAACAAAUUUCGUCGAAAUUGAUUCAAAAUGUCUAAGAUUUCAUGAACAUUUGGGUAAUAGUCGAUUUGGUGAGAUUUGGCUUUGUCAAUUGGAACAGCGUACAAUGGUGAAUAAAACAUUCCAUAGAAGUCGUGAUAAUCGAAGAGAAUUUGAAAUAAUUGUGGGUGAAUUAAGUAGUCUAAGGCAUCAAAAUAUAUUAGAAGUGAUUGGUGUCUGCUUUGAUGGUGUAUUAACAAGCUGUAUUCAUGAAUAUAUCGAACAGUAUCUUGAUCAGUAUCUUCGAAGCCUGAACAAUGAGAUAUCAUACAGGACUGAACUACUACUAUCAGUAAGCACGCAAAUUGCAGCUGGAAUGUCAUAUUUGGAAUCUAAAAAUUUCAUCCAUGGAAACCUUUCGGCGAGUAAUUGUAUGGUUGCUAAUGAUGGUACCGUUAAACUCACCAAUUUCAAUAUGGCUUAUACAUUGGAUCACUUUGAAACAGAUGAUCCAAUAGAUCGUGGACGAAUGCGCUGGAUGUCUUGGGAGGCAGUCGCAGAAAAAAAAAUUACAAUUAAAGGCGAUGUAUGGUCGUUCGGUGUUACACUUUGGGAAGUCCUUAAUGGUUGUCAUAAAUAUCCUUAUAAAAUGAUGACUGAUAACGAUGUAUAUCGAAAUUUAUUAUUUAUGCGACAAAAUGGGAUGUUAAAGUUCUAUUUGGAAAGGCCCGACUUUUCAUCUGUCACUUUUUAUCAAGAAUUUAUACUGCCAUGCUGGAACAGUAAUUCACAGGAACGUCCCACGUUUCACUCAUUACAUCGUCGAUUGCAAAAUGUUACUUGCGCACAAAUGAGUGAAGGUUGCUACUAUUGA